GACCUUUACGACAUUCACGACCUUUACGACCUUUACGACCUUCAUGACUUUCACGACUUUCACGAUCAUCACGACCUUCACGACUUUCACGACUUUUACGAUCAUCACGACCUUCACGACUUUUACGAUCAUCACGACCUUCACGACCUUUUACGACUUCUCACGACUCUUCACGACCUUAUCCAAAUUGUUCACCAAAUGUCGAGACCCCUAUCCCCUUGCAUGCCUUGCGCCCUGCUUGAGAAUCCACGGAGAUCCUCGCCAACGCAUCCUUCCUGCCGCGGCCUUUGUGUGACGAGUUGCUCAGCCACAAGCGUUUUAUGACCCGCCGACUUCAGGACCUCCACAACCUCUCAUGACUCUCGAGACCGUUCAUAGCCUACUUUGCCCCUCUCAUCCACUACGGCCUGCUGCAAACACUGCGAAUUGCGCCCCUUUCUUCAACUUUAUCUUGACCCCCGAGACCAUUCAUGGCCGAUUUUGACCACUCUAUCCACUAUGGCUUGCUGCAAACACUGUUCGACGACUUGCACCCUUUUACUUCCACUUCACCUUCCACUUCACCUUCCACUUCACCUUCCACUUCACCUUCCACUUCACCAUCCACUUCACCUUCCACUUCACCUUCACCUUCACCUUCAGCUUCAGCACUUUUAUAACUUCUUUCGGCGACUUGCCCUCUUUACUUUCAUACC